AUAACAGUUAGCGCCCAACACUACACCUGUUAGCGCAAAUAUAAUAACGGGGGCACGGCGGCAUUCAACGAUCAGUUUGUCAGUGUUGUUUGUGGGGGAUACACGUUCGGAUAGAGCGCGCCUAGUGGCUGCGAACUGUUUUCGUUUUUUUAUUUGGCUUCUAGCCGUUGUAUGGAGCGUGAAAAACCAUCAUCAGUGUUGUUAGAGAAGCAGCGUGAGGCGCUCGCCAAGAGCGUCGAGGUCGCUACGGAUCGAGGCCGGGAUGAAGGCCUGUAUGAGCGGGGGGCGGAGGCGGAGCCGGCUGGACCCGGCGUGGGCCGGUGGGGCGCCGAGUGGCCGAGUUGACUCAGCUCGGAAGCGGCGCCCGAGCCCGACGCCGCAGUGUCGGCGGCUGGGCCGGAGUGCCGGACGGAAGACGUGACCAGGCCGGGCCCCGACCUGACCAGACCGCCGCUGCCGCGAGCGCGCUGGGGCCCGGCUAGGCGCCCGCUCGAGUUGUCCUUGGCAAGACACGAAGAGCUGGCAACGCGCGCUGAGGCCGCACUGCGCCGUCUGCUCGUCACCGACAACUAUGACUCCGUCAACAACUUCAUCUCACUGCAUGAGGCCUUCGAGCGCAGUGGUGAUCCGCUCUACCAGGUGUACCAGCAGUACACGCCUCCAAUCCGUGCUCGCAAGCACACCUGUGUGGGGCUGGGCUUCGAACUCAUGCGACGCUGGCGGAAGUUGGAGCGGGACUUCAGUGGCAUCACCCGCGCCACAGCUCUGUUGUCGUGCGAGGAAGCCGUGGUAGACGUGCGCGAGUACGUGACGUGUGGCGACGGGCCUGCAGCCGUGCUGGCUGCUGAGAAGGAGCACGUCAUGGUGGGCAUACAGAUCCGCGUAGACGGCCGACUCGGCGUCAUGCUCGCUGACCCCGGUUACCACGUGCCCAGAAUCGUCACUGUCAUGCAGGACCGAAACUACCCACACACUGGUUGGUUCGUGCAGUCGGACGAGCCACAUUGCCGCAAGGAGUACGACUACACGUUCAGCGUGCUGAACCCUGGCUACAUCGAGUGGCACGAGCGGGAGACGCGCGGGGAGACCAUCAAGUGUCAGACCUCGCUCGUGUACGCCGGCAGACCGUACCUGGACGGCAUCAACGUCACCGAGAGAAGGAACCUCGUCUACAACUUUAGGAGUCUACUAUCCCGCGACCAAAAGGGCCACUUGAUAGCCGGCCUCUACUUCCCAGUGGGUGCGACCAUCAAAGACGCGCAGUUCACCCUCUUCCUCAACAACGGGCCUCAAAAGCGGAAGACCAAGUACAAGUUCAGCACUUUUGCUGACCCUGAAGACAUUCCAGAAGAGAUAUUGGACGAAAUCCAGCUCUGUAACAACAAGAUGAAUUAUAAAGAAGGCGAGCUACUGUCCAUCAUUGGCAAGCUGUCCCAAGUAAUGGCUGACCAGGCCUUCAUCGACCAGAUGCUGGAGAUCAACGAGGACAUCUGCCGCAUGUGUCUCUGACAACAACAUGGCGUCCAGAACAAAAUGGCGGACGCCAGUAAUGGAGGCAACAAAGCCAAAUAAUGCAAUGUAUUGUUUAAAACAAUCUUAACUUCAUAUAAUUUUAUCCAAUUAAUUUGUAUUGUAUUUACAUUUACAUUUUAUUUAAUUUUUGGAUUUACUUUUAUUGGGUUAUAGGUGAUUUUUUACUUUUACGUAGUUAUUAAGAUUACGUUAAAAUUAAUAAUGUUUAAUUUGGAAUUGGGUUAUUGGAUUUUUUUUUAUUGUUUAAUUGCUUAACUUUCUUAAUAAACUUUUAUUAUUUGAAAUGUG